ACCUUUCUGAGGCGGAACCCUUUACGAUGUAUCAGAAGCAAGAGUCUGUUGACGAGGUUGCACGCACAGUUAGGAAGUGUGCGAAAACAGAUAACAACGAACAAUGCAAAUAUAGCCAACAUUAGUCUAUUUCUGUUGUCAGUGCAUAUCAUUUUGUUUUGAUAGUGUAGAGUUUAAAUAGAGAGAGCGUCUCAAAAUGUUUGCAGGGUUACCUGAGCUGGGAAUAUCCAAUGGGGAAGAUCUGAAAGAAACUCUCACUAACUGUACAGAACCUCUGAAAGCCAUCGACCAAUUUCAGACGGAAAAUGGCAUAUUGUUGCCAACCCUACAGUCUGCAUUGCCUUUCCUGGAUCUUCACGGGACUCCACGGCUGGAGUUUCAUCAGUCAGUGUUUGAUGAGCUUCGAGAAAAGCUGAUGGAGCGCGUUGCCACUAUUGCAGAGGGCAAGGAGGAGGACAGAUACGUAAAGCUGGAAGAACUUCUUGAGAAAAGCUUCCCAUUGGUGAAGAUGCCGUCCAUACAGCCCGUUGUCAUGCAAGUGCUGAAACAUCUGCCAAAGGUGCCUGAGAAGAAGCUGAAACAGGUGAUGGCUGAUAAAGAGCUGUACAAAGUCUGUGCAGUGGAGGUGAAACGGCAGAUUUGGCAGGACAAUCAGGCUCUUUUUGGGGACGAGGUGUCUCCGCUCUUGAAACAGUAUAUUGUGGAGAAGGAGGCGGCUCUUUUUAGCAGUGACCUCUCCAUCCUUCACAACUUUUUCAGUCCUUCGCCUAAAACACGGCGACAGGGUGAGGUGGUGCUGAAGCUGACUCAGAUGAUUGGGAAGAACGUGAAGCUCUAUGAUAUGGUACUACAGUUCCUGCGGACGCUGUUCCUACGCACACGGAACGUGCACUACUGCACCCUGCGUGCUGAGCUGCUCAUGUCCCUUCAUGACCUCGACAUCAGUGAGAUCUGUUCAGUCGACCCCUGUCACAAGUUUUCUUGGUGUUUGGAUGCCUGCAUCAGGGAGAAGUUUGUGGAUGCUAAACGGGCUCGUGAGUUACAAGGCUUCCUGGAUGGUGUGAAGAAAGGGCAGGAACAAGUGUUAGGUGACCUGUCUAUGAUCCUCUGUGACCCAUUUGCCUCUAAUACACUAGUGUUGAGCACCGUGAGGAACCUUCAGGAGCUAUUGAGCCAGGACGCCCUGCCCAGAGACAGCCCUGAACUUCUCCUCCUGCUGCGGAUGCUUUCACUUGGCCAGGGUGCCUGGGACAUGAUUGACAGCCAAGUUUUCAAAGAGCCCCGAAUGGAUUUGGAGGUGGUAACACGCUUUCUGCCUGCCAUGAUGUCAAUAGUGGUUGAUGACUACACAUUCACUGUGGAGCAGAAACUACCAAGUGAGGAGAAGACCUCUCUCACAUACCCCACUGCCUUGCCUGAAACCUUCUCCAGGUAUAUACUGGAAAACAGGGUGGCAUGUGAGAUCGGUCUUUAUUAUGCGCUUCAUAUCGCUAAGUUGAGAAAUAAAAAUGCUUUACAACGGCUUCUGCCUGGACUGGUGGAUACCUAUAAUGACAUGGCGUUUGGAGACAUCUUCCUCCAUCUUCUCACUGGUCAUCUGACUCUGCUCUCUGAUGAAUUUGGAUCAGAGGAGUUCUGUACUGCUGUCUUUGACAACUUUCUCCUCACAUCUUUCUCUAGUAAGGAAAACGUUCACAGACACAGUCUUCGCUUGCUGAACCAUCUCCAUCAGAAGGUGCUGCCAUCCUUCAUGGAAACCUUAAUGAAGACACUUGAACCACCAAAACAGAGCAGUGAGUCAGUGAAAGAACUGUACACCCUGUUGAAGGAGAAGCUCGAGGCUUCUAAGAAAAGCCCCCCGGAACCAGAGGAAGCCCCCUCUCUGGAUCUCGGCCUUCACCCUGUUACUGUGCCUCCCACCCCUACUACCCCCACGACCCCUAUCUGAUAGAGACUGGAUGCUCCAGCCACUAGAGGGCAGCAACAGCAGCAAUGGAGGUAGAUGACACAGCUAAUGGCAAAAAGACUGACCUAAACAUGUGUAAAAUGGAACUGUGCUAUAUGACUUAGUUUUUUUGUUAUUCAUGUUUUCCCUUUUAUAAAGGUCAUUUUAAAGCAUUUUCCAAUUUGCAGUUUUGUGGGUUAAACUAUGUAACUUUCUAUGCUUCUUUUAAGAAAAUGUAGUCUUGUCUAAAUGUACAGCAUCUCAUGGUUGAAUAUUAUUUGCUUUGGAUUGAGUCACUGUGACAAACCCUUGUGUAAAUAAAAUAAUUGUUUAGACAACUUUA